GGAUUACGAGCCGAGUCGGCCUGCAGCGGAGCCCUAACAGCCUUCUCCGCGUUCUAGCGGAACGCACGAGUGCAACCCGACAACGACUCGGCAGCGCUGCGCCUUUCCGGGCCGCAGCGAGGGCGGCCAAGCAGCGAGAGACCCGCGAGACCCGCGAGCGCCAAAGGCAGACAGCGGCGCAGCGACCACAAAAAGAAGCAACCAUGGACGCCCAGCUCCAGCAGAUCUCUAGCAAACCAAACUCGGAGCAGCCCGCGGCCUACCAAUCAUUGAUAGACGCCACGGCCUCGAGUCAGGACGCCGCCGGCAUGCGCACGAUCCUGGAGCGGCUCCUGUCGGACGCCGUGCCCCAGGCCGCCUCGAGAGCCGCGGCGGCCCACUUCGCCCAGGCCAUUCAAGCGAAAAUGACCUCGGACGCGACGACCGACCUGUUGACGUGGUCGCUCGAACAAAUAAAACGCCAGGCGCAAUCUUUUGAAGCGUGCGACGCAACCCUAAGACAGGCGCUCUUCUCCCGCCUCGUCGACGCGGGUGAUUAUAGAGAGGCGGCGUUAGUCUUAGGCGGCACGAACGUCGAGAAUAGCGCGAGGCAGUACUCGGCCGCCGAGAAGGCGACGUUGUACGUCACCGUGGCAGAGACGUUCCUCGAGGAGGACGAGUCCGUGGACGCGGAGGCCUACGUGAGCCGCGCGUCCGGCCUGAUGCGGGACGUGUCUGCAUCCGAAAACUGGGCGUUGCAUUUGCGGUACCGCGUGACGCUCGCGCGGACCCUGGACGCGCGGCGCAAGUUCCUGGACGCGUCGAUGCGCUACUACGAAUUAUCCCGGGCGGACGACGCCAAAAUUGAUAGAGAGGAGCUCACGACUCUACUGGCCAAGGCCGUCACGUGCGCUUUGUUAGGUAAUGCCGGGCCCCAGCGCUCGAGAAUCCUCACUCUCCUCUACAAGGACGAGCGCCUCGACGACUUGGAGAGGAGCGCGGACUUCGCGGGCCACGCGCGCGUGCUCAAGAGGACGGUCACGGGCCAGCUCGUAAGAACCAGGGACACGUCGCAGUUCAUGGCGUCGCUCAUGCCGCACCAGACCGCACUACUAAGUGAUGGAUUGACCAUCCCGGAAGCGGCGAUGAUCCAGCACAACUUGGUGGCCGUCGCCCACAUCUACUGCAACAUCUCCAUCGAGCACUGCGCGCAGCUGCUGGACGUGGCGCCGGGCCGCGUGGAAACGACAGCCGCCAAAAUGAUCGCCGCGGGGCGCCUCGCCGCGUCAUUGGACCAGGUCGACGGCGUCCUCCACUUCCACGCUACUCAAAACGCGCUGGACAGCUUCGACGAGUCCAUCAAGGCGCUGUGCCUCGGCGUGAACGCGUGCUACGAGCACGCGGAGCAGCUCGCCGCCUAACGUACGUGUG